AUGAAGAGUGAAAAUAAAACUCCGAGCUGCGAAGCGUUCGAUGCUCUAGUCAAAGCCUUUUCCGAUUCUGGGUCAGUCGAGAAAGCCCAUCAGCUCUCCGGUUGUGACGGAAACGCAUUGCUGAAUGGAGAGUUUGUUAAGGUGUCGAAUUUGCUCAUCGAAAUGAUGAAAGGAGGCAUGGACUGGAUUUGGUGGUUUACAGAGCUCUCAUUCAUGGACUCGUCAUCACUGAACAUUCUUCCGGAUGCAUUUGUUUAUGCUACUCUGGUUUAUGGUUUCAUUAGACACGGGAAUCUUGAUGAAGAAAAAAUGGUGUUUGAGUUCAUGGGAGAUAAGAAGCCGAAUAUCAUCACUUAUUCCACGCUGAUUAAUGGAUUUUGCCAGAAGGGAGAUUUUCAGAGAGCCCAAGAUCCAUUUAGUGAGAUGCAGCACUGUGGUUUGAUUCCUAAUGCAGUUCAUGUAGUAUCCUUAUCAGAAGCUUUUGUAAGGAAGGUAGAAAAGAAGGAAGAGAAAGCCGGUAUACAGCACUUGCUUAUUAGAAGAUGCAUUAAAAUGGGGUAG